AUGGCGGACAACGUCGCGGAGAUGACCGAGGCGAUGCCCGUCGUCCCCGCGGUCGAGGCGUUCUUGAGCUACCUCUCGCUCCACGACCGAACGCAGCUGGACAUCAUGCUCCAUCGCUCGGGACGCCACCCGGACAACCUGAAUUGGAGCGCCGACCCCAAGUUCGUGAAGAAAGCGCUGGUGUACGGACGCGCGACGUCCGGGGACGACAGCGAGCUGUACAAGAAGACGCUCCAAGAGCAGCGGAACGUGGAGAAGCGUCAAGCGCGGCGCAGCGUGAUGAACGCCAAGGCGCGCGAGGCUAACGCCGACAUGUCUAUCUUCGAGCUGGAGAAGAAAUUGCUCAAGACGUUCAAAGCCUACGGCGAAUUCCGCCUGUUCAAGGAGAAGAUGCGGUUCCGACGCGCGCCCGUGGGCGGCGUUUCCGUCCCGGAGUCCGAGAAUGGCGUGUGGGAGAUGAGCACGCUCGGGUUCCAGCGCAUGAUUCGCGACUGCGGCCUGCUGGACAACUCCCUGAGCGUCCAAGACAUGGACAAGAUUUUCGUCGCCGUCGACGCGGGGGAGACGGCGGCGCAGCAAAAGGUGAACAAGAAGAAACGCGCGCAGCGGAUGCGAGAGGGCGAGCACGAGGUGGGGGAUCUGAAGAUAAACUUCGAGGAGUUUGGCGUCGCGAUGCGCGUCGUCGCGAAGAAGCGGUACCCCGCCGCGGCGAACCGAGACGUCGCGUACAGGGCGCUGAUGAAAAAUUACGUCUCGCCCAACGCGCUCGCGUAUCCGAAGAAAAUGGAACCCGAGCCGGACCUGGACGAGCUCCUCUCGCGCGAGUGCGUCAACGCGUUCACGAAACACGACGCCGCGAUGAAGCGCGUGUACGGGCACUACGCGACGCUGAACAUGACGAGCGCGACGACGAAGAAGAUCACGUGGGCGACCGUCGUGGAGACGGGAUCUACGAUGAACCACGACGAGUUCAUCACGUUUUGCAUCAACUUUGAGAUCGUCCCGCAGCUCCUGACGAAAGCGGACGCGCUGUGCGUGUUCAACGAGGUCGAGGCCGCGAACGACGCGGACGGCGAGGUGGACGAGAUGGUCUACCCCGCGUUCGUGGAGCUCCUCGGGCAGCUCGCGCUGAGCGCCUUCGCCAACGUGCCGCCGAUUUUAAAAAACCCGCGGACGGACGUCAGCGCCAUCGAGGCGUGCAAGAGACUGAUCAAGCCCGUCCCGAAAGAGCUGUGGUUCUACGGCACGAUAGGCAGGCUGUUCCGGCGCCGGGGGUACUUCGUGGGCCCGAACGGGAGCUGCAUCCCCGCGAAACAAGGCGCGGGGCCCGCGGACGAGCGGUAUCCGUACAAAGACCGCGACGCGGCGGCGGGCAAGGCGCCCCCCGGGGCGUGGAUCCCCGCCGCGGGCGGGAACGCGGACGGGAUCACGAACAACCCCGGGCACGAGCGCAGGUACGGCCGCGGCGGCGACGGGUUCUGGGGCGGGUACGACCGAAGGCCCGCGCAGGCGGUGCACUCGCGCGAGGAGAAGCUCGCGCGCGAGAAGAUUAAUCGCGUGCUUUUGGGAAAGAUGCAGGCGCACGACCGGCUGCGCGCGAGGCAACGCGAGAACGACGCGAGGUAUCCGGGGUACCCGAGCGGCGGCGUCGCGAACUUGGGCGCGGACGUCGACGGCGACGGCGGCGCGGAGGACCGCGGCGAGGCCGCGCGGUUGUUCAAGCAGUCUUCCACGCACGGCGAGUUGACGCGAGAGUCGUCGCGGUUCACGGAGACGGAGGCGUUUUUGGCCACCAUCAGAGACCCGCCGAUGGACCUUCUCAAAGCCCCGUGGGUCCCCGCGAACCAUCGCAUCGCGAGCCACCACAGCACCGAGUCGUUUCAAAAGCCCGCGGUGCCGAUGGACAAGCACGCGGCGAGCGCGCUCGUGGAGAAGAUCAUCGCGAAGCAACGCCGCGACGGCGUCGGCGCGACGCGGCGUUCGGUCGUGAUGGCGCCGCGCGACGUCUCAUCGUUCAACGCGGGCGACCCGCGCGAUCGACGCCGGAGAGAUAACAAAGGGCGUCUGCUCCCCGCGGGCGCGAUCCCGGUGUCGGACCCGGACGCGAGAGGGAUCGCGCGGCGGCGACGCGGCGUCCAGGUCACGACGUUUCAGGCGCCCGUGGAGCGGCACGGGCACGGCCCCGCCGUCGGCGGCGUCGUCGAGCCGAAGACUCUGAACACGCCGUACGGGUUCGAGUCCGCGAGAGAGAGCUACGAGGAGACGCUCAGGGAGAGUUUCGACGACUCCGUGUACGACGGCGAGGGGGGUGCCCACGACGGCGAGGGAGGUGCCCACGGCGGAGAGGACGACUACCCGCGACUCGACGCCGACGGCGACGGCGACGGCGAGGAGGAGGAGGAGAAGAAGUGGCUGUCCCCGAAGCAGCGCGAGGCGAGGAAACGCGAUCAAAACUCCGUGAGAAACCUUGACUGGUUCGAGGAGAUACGCGCGAAAGCGCUCGAGCAGAGGCCGGUGGGGGAUCAACUCAGUCGCUGGCGCGGGAAGCUCGGCACCAAGGCGGAUCGAGAGAACGCCGAGUCGAUGAUGGCGAUGAUUCGACGCGGUCUCUCCGUGAACCAAAACGUAGAGUGA